CGUUGGCGUUGACCAUCCAACUAUCCAUCCAUCUACUCUCUACUUGGCCCAGCAAAGAGUUCAAAAAACAAAGAAACUCCACUCUCUUUUGUCAAACUAAAAAAAACAAGAAAAGAUCAUACCAUGAUUCUCCUCUUCUCAAAUACAAACAACAAGCCCAUGGCCUCAAAGCGCCCUUUUCUAUUGUUAUUACUACUGCUACUUCACAAGGAGUGUGUUGUAGGUUCAAAUUUAGUUGAUUUAGAGCAUGAGGGAGUUCCUUCAACUUCGCCCCGCCCCGAUUAUAGUAGGGAAAGACACUCUAGUAAUUACUGUGCUAUGUAUGAUAUUUGUGGACAACGAAGUGACGGCAAAGUUUUAAAUUGCCCCUAUGGUUCAGAAGCUGUCAAGCCUGAUGAUCUGUUUUCUUCCAAAGUCCAAAGCCUUUGUCCAACUAUAAGUGGUAAUGUUUGUUGCACAGAGGCUCAGUUUGAUAAUCUACGGACACAGGUUCAACAAGCAAUUCCUCUCCUUGUGGGCUGCCCAGCAUGUUUAAGGAAUUUCUUGAACCUUUUCUGUGAGCUUUCUUGCUCCCCACAUCAAAGUCUAUUUAUCAAUGUGACUUCGAUAUAUGAGGUUAAUGGCAACUUGACAGUUAAUGGCAUUGAUUAUUUUUUAACUGAAACAUUUGGGGAAGGGCUGUACAAUUCCUGCAAGGAUGUGAAAUUCGGGACAAUGAAUACCAAGGCUAUGGAAUUCGUUGGCGCGGGUGCUCAAGAUUUUAAAGAAUGGUUUGCAUUUCUCGGUAAGCGAUCAGACCUUGGUCUGCCUGGUUCACCAUAUGCGAUUAAUUUUCGUUCAAGUCCUCCUGUGUUAUCUGGAAUGGAGCAUAUGAACGUAUCUACUUAUUCUUGUGGCGACACUUCAUUUGGGUGCUCUUGUGGUGAUUGUCCUUCAUCUCCUGCAUGCUCCUAUCCUGAACCUUCUCCACCCAAAAAGGAAUAUUGCUCAUUAGUUAUUGGUUUUUUUCAGGUCAAAUGCAUUGAUUUAACGAUGUUUGCGUUGUUCAUAGUGUUGGUUUGUUCUUUUUCCUGGUGGAACAAGUUUCAAAAUACUAGAGAAAUGGAGACUUUAGAAUUUGUUAUGGAACCACUCCUGGAUGAGGGGGAGGAAGGAGAUGUCAGUUAUGUUAAUCUCAUGAUGAAUGAGAUGAAGAUUCACGAAAUGGUUCCUCAAUUUACAGAUGAGGCCCGACUUCUAAUUAAUCAAGGACGCCUGUCAAGUUUUUUCAGGAAAUAUGGUGUAUGGGUUGCUAGAAAUCCUGCUAUUGUCUUGUGUUCUUCAUUAGCAGUUGUUCUUGUACUUUGCUUCGGCUUACUGAGGUUCGAAGUUGAAACACAGCCUGAGAAGCUUUGGGUAGGCCGUGGUAGUAGGGCAGCAGAAGAGAAGAAGUACUUCGAUAAUCACCUAGCUCCUUUUUACAGGAUUGAACAGCUAAUAUUAGCAACAAUUCCAGACUCGAGACAUGGAAAAAAGUCACCUAGAAUUCUGACAGAGAAUAACUUCCAGUUACUUUUUGAUAUUCAAGAAAAGGUUGAUGAAGUUCUGGCAAAUUAUUCUGGGAACUCUGUGGCCUAUAAGGACAUCUGCCUGAAGCCUCUUGACCAAGACUGUGCCACUCAAAGUGUUCUACAGUAUUUCAAAAUGGAUCCUGGGAACUAUGAUGACUAUGGUGGCGUGGAGCAUGUGGAAUACUGCUUACAGCAUUAUGCUUCUGCAGACACAUGCAUGAGUGCAUUUAAGGCUCCACUUGAUCCGAGUGUUGUUUUGGGAGGAUUUUCCGGAACCAAUUAUUCUGAGGCUUCUGCAUUUGUUGUAACUUAUCCAGUAAAUAAUGCUGUGAAUGAGGCAGGCAAUGAAAAUGAGAAAGCAGUUGCUUGGGAAAAAGCUUUCAUACAAUUAUUAAAGGAUGAGAUACUCCCUAUAGUUCAGUCCAACAAUCUCUCUCUUUCAUUUUCAUCUGAAAGUUCGAUUGAGGAAGAACUAAAAAGGGAAAGUACUGCAGAUGUUAUAACAAUAUUAAUAAGCUAUCUUGUAAUGUUUGCGUAUAUAUCUGUGACCUUGGGAGAUGUAAAUCAUUUGUCCACAAUCUUCCUUUCAACAAAGGUAUCUCUUGCACUUUCAGGGGUCAUGGUUGUGGUGCUCUCUGUCCUCGGAUCUGCUGGAUUCUUUAGUUUAGUGGGAGUGAAGUCUACACUUAUCAUAUUGGAAGUCAUCCCAUUCUUAGUUUUAGCUGUUGGAGUGGAUAACAUGUGUAUACUGGUACAUGCUGUGAAACGGCAAAAAGAAGAGCUGAAUUUGGAAGUGCGAAUAAGUAAUGCCCUCGGCGAUGUUGGUCCUUCAAUAACACUAGCUAGUUUAUGUGAAGUCCUGGCCUUUGCAGUUGGAGGGUUCAUCUCAAUGCCAGCAUGCCGUGUCUUCUCCAUGUUUGCAGCGUUGGCUGUUCUUUUGGAUUUUCUUUUGCAAGUUACUGCAUUUGUAGCCCUGAUAGUUUUUGACUUCUCUAGAGCUGAAGCUAAGAGAGUUGACUGUUUUCCAUGCAUAAAAGUUUUUUCAAAAGAUGAAGGUACUAUUCAGAGGAAUCCUGGUUUGUUGACUCGAUAUAUGGAGGAAGUUCAUGCACAGAUUCUUUCAAUUCGAGCUGUCAAAGCUGUUGUGAUCACCGUCUUUGUUGCAUUAUCUUUAGCAAGCAUUGCCUUGUGCACAAGGAUUCAACCUGGUUUAGAGCAGCAGGUUGCUCUUCCUAGAGAUUCCUAUCUUCAGGGAUAUUUUAAUGAUCUUUCAGAGUAUCUAAGAGUAGGGCCACCAUUAUAUUUUGUGGUCAAAGACUAUAAUUAUAGUUCUAAAUCAGAGCAUACCAAUCAGUUGUGUUCCAUUAGCCAGUGUGAUUCAAACUCUCUUCUAAACGAGAUUUCAAGAGCAUCUUUGACACCUAAGACUAGUUACAUUGCAAAGCCAGCUGCCUCGUGGCUUGAUGACUUUCUUGUAUGGAUGUCACCUGAGGCUUUUGGCUGUUGCAGGAAAUUUGUAAAUAAUAGCUAUUGCCCCCCUGAUGAUCAGCCUCCUUGCUGUUCCCCGGAUGAAGGUCCUUGCGGCUUUGGAGGAGUCUGUAAAGAUUGUACAACUUGCUUUCUCCACUCAGAUCUAUACAAUGAUCGUCCAUCUACCGUCCAAUUUAGAGAAAAGCUACCGUGGUUUCUCAGUGCUUUGCCUUCCGCGGACUGUGCUAAGGGUGGCCAUGGAGCAUAUACUAGCUCUGUCGAUCUUACUGGUUAUGAAAGUGGUACUAUUCUUGCCUCAGAGUUUCGUACAUAUCACACACCGCUUAAUAAACAAGAUGAUUUUGUUAAUUCAAUGCGUGCUGCACGAGAUUUCUGCUCAAAAGUAUCAAGUUCCUUAAAGAUCAAUGUCUAUCCAUACUCCGUGUUUUAUAUCUUCUUUGAGCAAUAUUUGGAUAUCUGGGAAACAGCUCUCAUCAACAUCGGCAUAGCACUUGGUGCUGUAUUCAUGGUUUGCCUGGUAAUGACAUCAAGUGUUUGGAGUUCCGCAAUCAUUAUACUCGUGUUGGCUAUGAUUGUUUUAAAUCUCAUGGGUUUAAUGGCUGUUCUAAAAAUUCAACUGAACGCUGUCUCUGUUGUGAACCUACUAAUGUCGAUUGGAAUCGCUGUUGAGUUUUGUGUUCAUAUAUUACACGCAUUCUCGGUAAGCACUGGAGAUAGAGAGAAAAGAACCAGGGAGGCAUUGCAGACCAUGGGAUCUUCUAUAUUAAGUGGAAUCACAAUUACAAAGCUCGUUGGGGUUAUUGUCCUUUCUUUUGCAAAAUCGGAAAUUUUUGUGGUUUAUUACUUUCAGAUGUACUUGGGGUUGGUGCUUAUUGGAUUCUUGCAUGGCUUAGUGUUUUUGCCAGUUCUAUUGAGUGUAUGCGGGCCACCAUCAACAGUUGUGACAUUGCAGGAGAUUGAGAGGGUCUCAUUUACUGAUCGAUACGAAGAAAAUGAUGAACUGUAGUAUUAUGGAUCGAUAUGAAGCAUAUGAUGAACUAUACCAUUCUGUUGCAUAGGAGACAUCCAUGGAGGUGUAUGUAUAGUACUUUAGCUAGCUAACUGUAAUCUCAUCUACAGAAGAUUGCAUACAACUGAUUAAUCCAAUAACCUAAAUCAUUCAUGUAUGUAAUAUAGAGUUCCACUUACUGUC